GCCUGGUAGAUGCACAUACACACCCAGUGUGGGCUGGUGAUAGGGUGCAUGAGUUUGCAAUGAAGCUGGCAGGUGCGUCCUACAUGGAGAUCCACCAGGCUGGGGGAGGAAUACAUUUUACUGUGGAACACACUCGGGAGGCCACAGAAGAGGAGCUGUUCAAUACUUUCAAACACCGACUCGAACGCAUGCGCAGAGCAGGUUCUACGUUGGUUGAGUGCAAGAGUGGAUAUGGCUUAAACUUAGAAACAGAGCUUAAAAUGCUCAGGGUGAUCGAACGCGCUAAGCAGUCCGUGGAUAUUGGCAUUUCUUCAACGUACUGCGGAGCUCAUUCUGUGCCGAAAGGGAAAACUGCUGCUGAAGCCGCAGAUGACAUUAUCAAUAACCAUCUCCCUAAACUGAAAGAACUUAAACUAAGUGGUGAAAUACAUGUUGACAAUAUCGAUGUGUUCUGUGAGAAGGGAGUCUUUGAUUUGGAGUCUACCAGGAGAAUUCUUCAAGCUGGAAAAGAUAUAGGGUUACAGAUUAACUUCCAUGGCGAUGAACUGCAUCCGAUGAAAUCUGCUGAGCUUGGAGCUGAACUGGGAGCCCGAGCUAUCAGCCACCUGGAAGAAGUUAGUGAUGAAGGUAUCAAGGCGAUGGCGAGAGCUAAGUGCGCUGCUGUCCUCUUACCGACAACUGCCUACAUGCUAAGACUGAAGCAACCUCAAGCUAGAAGAAUGUUAGAAGAAGGAGUUAUAGUUGCUCUUGGCAGUGACUUUAAUCCUAAUGCAUACUGUUUUUCAAUGCCUAUGGUGAUGCAUCUGGCCUGUGUAAACAUGAAGAUGUCAAUGAAUGAGGCACUAGCAGCUGCCACCAUUAAUGCGGCUUAUGCACUAGGAAAAUCGGACACGCAAGGCUCCAUAGAGACCGGCAAGCAGGGGGAUCUUGUUAUCAUAAAUUCAUCAAGGUGGGAGCACUUGAUUUACCAGUUUGGGGGACAUGAAGCAUUGAUCAACUACGUUAUAAUUAAAGGAAAAGUCAUCUAUCAAAAUGAGAGGUGUGGGACAAUGAGCAGUUACUGA